AUGAACAUCGAUGACAGAGACAGGCCAUCAACUUCGUCUGGCGCUGGAAUGACAACAAAUAAUGGAAAAUAUCAAGCUGCUGAAAAUUCCCAGGAACCAGGACCAUCAACCGCCUUUUUGAGUGAGCAGUCCAAAGAACUGGGGAACUUGGCUUUGACUUUUGACGAACAGGCAAUGAUGAAAGCAAUUUCCCGUAUGAAUUUCGAAGACACCGAGGAAAUGAAACCAUUCCCAGAAGUUGCCGCGGAGGAACAGUCAGGUGGAUUCAUGACAAAAGCAAAAAAGAGAUACCGAUGGGUAAUUAUUUCAUUUUCAGCACAUGGUCUUUGCUUCACAUGCUUUCUCUCGUUCAGUAUUUUCAUAGCAGCGAAUUACUUCAGCUAUGUGGAUAUCGAUGAAGGCAGAUGUAGGCUACUGUUUGUUUCUUUGCCUUUUACGACAAUGCCUAUUAUCUUGGUCGUUCCUUUUGUUAGUACCGUACACGCCAACAUAUUCAUGCGCAAUCCAAUCUUCUUUUGCACAAGUUUUAGCGUUAAAGUCGUCUAUGACGGCCGUGCCCAUCCCGGCAUUCAUUCCUUCGACGUUGUUAUAAAUCGUUUCAAUGCUCUAAAUCAAUCGGUCCCUGUAUGCUACAUAACUUCAAAGAAAUUUCAUAAUUCCGUUAGAGUUCGAUCACGCUGCAUGGUCGAUAUAAAACCCGAAGGCCUGGCGCAAAAUGUUCGCAAAAUAUGGGCCAGAGAAGGUGCGGAAGAAAUAGCCAUGGUUGCUAAACUGGCCACAGAUAAAAGCAAGAAAAAAGCACUGCUUUCGUUCGAGGGAAAUCUGCAGGCAUAUCACAAGCUCCAGGAAGAAUCUCCAGAGACAUCUUUACAGUUGUGUUCGCACGAAAAAAAACUUCGUAAAAUUUUGCUUCUGGUAGCCCGUCGCUAUACGGAAUUGCUUCCAGAAUCGCUUACACCCCAAGUACAUGCUCUCUUGGAUGGUAAAUUCAUUGUUCUUAGUCACUGA